UGCUCUGCCUCUGUCGGUGCUCUGUCUGCGGCACUGUGCAGCCUCCUGACCGCUGUGGAGCUGCCUCUCCCCGGCUUCUGUCAUCUGCUCUCCUCUCAUCACUGAUCAUGCGCUUCUCUCCACGGCGAACAGGGGCUGCGCUGCGCCAGGAAGUUAGCUUUGAACAUCCAGCCUUCAAAGCUCCCAUCUCCUCCUGACAGCUUCCCUCAUCUUGACAGCCAUUUUCUGCUUCCUUUCUGCACCUCUACCUCCUCCUAGACAUCGGCGGAGGAUUCUCACACGCCACAGCGGCACAGGCCUGGCUGUCUCCCCGCUUCUUCCUCUGCGCAGGCCGGUGGAGCGCGUCAUGGAGGGCUCGGUCGUGGGCUCGGUUCUGGAGCAGGAGUCGUCGCUGAUGGAUGAGCCGCUGCCUCUGCCUACUUUGAGCCCCGCAGUGCCCCCUUACGUUACUUUAGGCCUCACUGUGGUCUAUACCGUGUUCUACUCCCUGCUGUUCGUCUUCAUCUACGUGCAGCUAUGGUUGGUGCUCAAAUACAGACAUAAACGACUGAGUUACCAAACGGUGUUCCUGUUCCUGUGCCUGCUGUGGUCGGCUUUACGCACGGUCCUCUUCUCGUUUUACUUCAAAAACUUUGUAACAGCGAACACUUUGGGGCCCUUUCCAUUCUGGUUGCUCUAUUGCUUUCCAGUUUGCCUGCAGUUCUUCACACUUAGCCUCAUGAACCUGUAUUUUGCAAAGGUUGUUUUUAAGGCGAAGUCAAAGUAUUCACCAGAGCUUUUGAGAUAUAGGUUGCCUCUGUACCUGGUGUUCCUGUUGAUCAGCCUGGUGUUUUUAGUGGUGAAUCUGGUAUGUGCGCUGCUCGUGAGGAUGUCCUCCGCAGACACACACACUGUUGUCCUGGUCCGAGUCACCAUCAACGACUCGCUGUUUGUGCUCUGUGCGAUCUCUCUCGCUGUGUGUCUCUACAAGAUCGCCAAAAUGUCUCUGGCCAAUAUCUACUUGGAAUCCAAGGGAACCUCAGUGUGCCAGGUGACGGCCAUAGGAGCAAUUGUCAUCCUCUUAUACACAUCCAGAGCCUGCUAUAAUCUGGUUGUUUUAGGACUUUCGAACAAGAAAAUCAACUCCUUUGACUACGAUUGGUACAACGUAUCAGAUCAGGCAGAUUUACAGUCCACACUGGGAGACACUGGCUACAUCGUCUUUGGAGUGAUCCUGUUCGUUUGGGAGCUGCUGCCCACUUCUCUCGUAGUGUUCUUCUUCAGAGUUCGAAAGCCCACUCUAGACCGGAGUGGUACUGGGCUCCCGAGUCACGUCUUUUCCACUCGCUCUUAUUUCUUUGACAACCCUCGACGUUACGACAGUGAUGACGACUUGGCCUGGAGCGUCAUGCCUCAGAACAUACAGGCCAGCCUGGUGUCUGACAGUUACGAGUGGGGGAGCCAGAGCAGUGGAAUCACAGCAUACAUCGCAGGAGACGACUCGUAUCACCUCCCUCCUUCACUUGAGGAGCUCAGCCAUUACUGAUAAAACCACUGAAUCCUGUUCAUUUCAGUGAAUUUGCACAAUUUGUCUCAGACUGUGGCACAUGGGUUUAACUUGCCCCUAAUCUGUUACAUUCACAACAUUGUUUGGUACCACUUUAUAACUACACUUUAAUUAGUCUUAAAGCAUAAAUAAUGACUUGAUAAUGAACAAAUAAUUAAGAAUAGUGUUGUCAAGAUACUAAAAUUUCAAACUCUAUUCCUAUAGAGGCUUGAUGCAAAUUUUGAUUCAACAAUGAUGGGAAAAAAAAACAAAAAACGCUUAGACAAUAGAAUGUAAUGUGCUUUCUUCAAAUGACCAUGUGGUUCUAUACUGGUGUUGAUGAAGCUCAAUAUUACUCUCAAACUGCUCAGAAAAGGUCAAUUGUCAGUAGUGAUACAUUUUUGAUACUGGUUUUAGUAUCAAUUAGUAUCUGAUUUUCGAUACUUUUGACAACCCUGAUUAAGACUGAUUCAUGAUAGUAGUUACUAAGCCUGAAUCAUUCUUAAUAUACUAUUUGCUAUGUCUUUGCUCAUGCUUUAUUAGGUCUAUUAAAGGUGUAGUUAUUAUAAAGUGUUGCUCAUUGUUUAUAGGACUUUCUUUGCCAGUAUAAAGGUCCAUUAAUAGGACAUUAAUUUGCACACUCCUUGUUGACUAUAUAAUCCAAUUUUUCUCUUAAACUUGUCUUGUAUAGUUCAUAUUGAAUAUCUAAUGUAUUUGACCUAUGAAAUAUGUACUGUAUCAUUACUAUUUUAUGUAUUGUCGAUGUACAUGUGUCUUUCAUACAAAUGUGUUUAUAUUAUAUAGGAGAGCUAGGCACAUUCAAGUUUUACAAUCAGCACCAUUGUUGCUAAUCCACUGGUUUUAGACAAAUAACACCUAAUUUUUAAGAUUUUGAAAACAUUUCACCCUAGUCAUGAUAAACUUAUGUAUUGUAUGGAUAGUUGUGUAGCGAUAGGUGCAAUACUGUUAAUAGAACUGAUCAACUGAACUGACAUUGUGCACUGCUAAAAUAUUGGUAAAAUAUUUUUCUUACAUUCAAUAAAUAAUAAAUAUAUAUUUGGUUGAAACCAGAUAA